AUGAGGUUGCGAUCCCCUGGCGUCUCAUAUGCAAUCAUAACCUUCGGUUUGGCCGGCUUGGUACACAGCUUAUCGACGUUCCAAUGGCCCAACCCUCAACUAGCUUAUACGGAUAAAAUGAUCUACGAGAGUGGUUUGAACCUUCUAGCACAAGGCUGCCCCUCACGAGAUAAUACAACGGUCCCUGCGCAGUGGCUUCGCAUUGCAUACCAUGAUAUGUCGACGCACGAUGUCGAUGACGGAACUGGGGGGCUGGACGCAUCGAUUCAAUUUGAGCUUGAUCGACCUCAGAAUAUUGGUCAAGGAAUGUUUGAUUCGUUGAAUGAUUUCAGAAAUUUUCUCUUUGCCGCUCCAUUUUUUGGAAUGGCAGAUACAAUAGCACUAGGAGCCGUAUUGGCUGUCGCAGGAUGCGGGGGUCCUCUCAUCCCUUUUAGCGCUGGUCGUGUCGACGCAACUGAAGCGGGUCCAGCAACGGUUCCAGAGCCCCAACAGGAUCUUGCCUCGCAUACAGAAGCUUUUCGGCGUCAGGGAUUCACACCUACAGAAAUGAUAGGUCUUGUUGCGUGUGGACACACCCUUGGAGGAGUCAGACAAGUGGAUUUCCCCUUGGUUGUGACAGAUACUGAAGUUGACGUUCAAACAUUCGAUACCACCACUAAUUUCGAUAACAUAGUCGUAUCCGAAUACCUUCAAAACACGACUCAGAAUAUUCUAGUCGUUGGACCGAACGUUACCACCAGGUCGGACUUCCGCAUAUUCUCGAGUGACGGAAAUGUAACAAUGCAAAGGUAUGUUCACUUGUUGGUUCUAUCUUUUGCUUUGUUUACACCCCUAGCUAGCUUCCUUUCCUCCGACAUGUUCAACGAAACUUGCGGGAACCUAAUUGAGCGGAUGAUUAACACUGUUCCCAGUGGUGUGACCCUCGCUCAACCUAUCUCCGAGCCAUUCAACUACGUUGUCUCUGAGCCUUUGUUCUCGUAUCGGAAUGGUGCAAUGUCCAUGGCUACUACACUGCGAAUCGUCAAUAUCAGUGACAAUCCUAGUCGAACGGUAAACAUGCUCUGGGCCGAUAGACAAGGGUCAUCCUGCCCGUCCUCCGGAUGCACCUCGCCAUCGACAGGCUCUCUCCAAGCUUCCCUCGGUAUCUUUGGUGGUAUACAAGGUCUUACUGCAGACCGAUACACGUUCAAUGCGACCAUCAACGCGACUACCUCAAUCUCAAAGUUUUGGUUCGAGAUUAACGAAAACGACGGCUCCGACCUCAUUGUAGUAGACAAUGGUGGCUCUGGCUUUGUGAUCGGUCAAGAUUCGGUGUUUAUAGAUAACGGUCGCAGCAAGUUUGUGUUUUUGACUGUCUCUGAAAUUAGUUAUCAGAGACUGGUUGUGGCGGUCCGUGGUGACACUUCUUCCAGCGUGUCAAUUACUACAUUCGAUCCACAUUCGGAUGCUUCAACUCCUCCUUACUUGCCCACAAUCAUGACGACCAAUCUACAACUCGACGACAGCAAUCCGGUCGAAGGAGGAUACACUUUCUUCACUGCAAAUGUUACUGGAACUGUGACCUUCUUAAAUAUUUCUGGGAAUGUCGGUGACGUGUCGUAUGCCCAAGAGAACUUUGAUAUGACGGUGGUCGAUUUUCCUUUUGCACAAAUUUCUCAGUGA